UAUAAACCACAAAACACGCGUGGGAAAGCGCUUUUCUCGCCACCACACAUUCAGUGACGGUUGGAAAAAGGAUUGUGUGCGUUCGUGCAUGUGGAUUUCGGUACGCAAAGGAAGCGACACACGUGUGAAAGUCGAGCGAACCUGUUUCCUGUUCUUCGGCAAACUCCAUUCGCGAAAUAAAAAGCCCUGGACGGAUUGUAGCGAAUAGGCGAAUGGAUCCGGGUAUGAUGGCGGGAAAGACGACCGGUGAAAGUGCUAUGCUUGGGAGUGUAGGUCAUACCCACGGCCAUCCACACAAUCCACUGCGCCCGCAUCCCCAUCCAUCCCCGACGCCCGCCCCGUUACAGCAGCAAUCCAAUUCACACCAACAUCUGCUCCACCACCAUCAUCAGCAGCAGCACCAUCAUCCGACGGACACCCUGACGGAAGUUUCGGUCGUCGACAUAAACGCAUCGUUGGCCGCAUCGGCCCCCCUCAUAUCACCGCACGUUGCGUCCGUACACCCGGUCGGUCCCGGGACAGGAGCUGCCGGGCACGUACCCGGCUUCUGCAACAUUCUAAACGCAUCCAACAGCAGUGAUCUACAGGCGGUCGCCUACAACUCGCUCACACAAAACGUUCGCUGCAAAUCCCCACCGACGCUGGUUGAUAAUCUAAAGAACGGGACAAUCGGGAAUUCUCAAAGCGCUCUCUGCAACGGAGCCAUCAUGACAAACGGACAAACGAAAGACUCUAACCUAGCGCACGGCCUAGUGCGGAAGGUUCUCAACAACAGCGAUGGAAAUGGGCAGAAAAAGCCAAUGGUAUCACUCACGCAUCUACCAAAGAGACCUCCGAUCGACAUCCAGUUCAUGGACAUGUCCUACUCGGUGUCCGAAGGCCACAAGCGGGGCUACAAGACCAUACUCAAGGGUAUAAACGGAAAGUUCCGAUCCGGGGAGCUAACCGCCAUCAUGGGACCGUCCGGUGCUGGUAAAAGCACGCUCAUGAAUAUUCUCGCCGGUUACAAAACAUCACACCUCAGCGGUUCGGUGCUAAUCAACGGGAAGGAUCGAAAUCUGCGCAAGUUUCGUAAACUUUCCUGCUACAUCAUGCAGGACGACCGGCUGCUACCCUACCUGACCGUGCGGGAAGCGAUGAUGGUGUCGGCCAACCUGAAGCUCGGCAAGGACAUCUCCGUGUCGGCGAAACGGGCCGUCGUGGAGGAAAUUAUCGAAACGCUCGGUCUGCUGGACGCUGCCACCACGCUCACGCUCAAUCUCUCCGGUGGCCAGCGGAAGCGGCUAUCGAUUGCCCUCGAGCUGGUCAACAACCCACCGGUAAUGUUCUUCGACGAACCGACGAGCGGUCUGGACAGCUCCACCUGUUCGCAGCUGAUUGCGCUGCUGAAAUCGUUAGCGCGCGGCGGUCGUACGAUUGUCUGCACCAUCCAUCAACCAUCGGCUCGAAUUUUCGAACUGUUCGACAAUCUGUACGUGCUGGCCGAAGGGCAGUGUAUCUAUCAGGGGCGGGUAAAUGGUCUGGUACCGUUUCUUGCCUCGCUCGGGCUCGAAUGCCCAAGCUACCACAAUCCAGCGAAUUACGUGAUGGAAGUUGCUUGCGGGGAGCAUGGUGACUGGAAUAGUAAACUCGUAACUGCAGUCAAUAAUGGUAAAUGUAACAACUAUAAUCAACCCCUUUCGCAAAGUAAAAGCUCCUCCAACAAGAAUGUGUCGCUCGACGUAACGGCAACGGGUACUGCUGAUCACGAGGAUGAGCUUGCGCUGCUAAAAACGGUUGUCGCUACCGGUGAGUACACCGCGAUUAGUAUGCCGGCCAACACAACACCAGAGUCGCAGUUGAAUAAUGAAAGUAAACAAAUCACCGCGAGUGUCGCGGCCACGGCGGAACGGAAACCAACACUCGGGAAUGGUGCGGAAUCGGUUGCAGUGUCCAUGGUCCCCACCACCACUACGACGACGGCGGUGGCGACAACCAACACGGGUGUCUCGAUCAUUCCGGCGUCCGACGCUACCGGACCACUGUUAGCUGCCGUUGUUCCGGUGGCGGGCUCCACCACCCAAACCCAGACCGGUUGCAAAGCGACCUGUACCACGUCGUUGCUCGAUUCGACGGAAAGUGUGAGCAUAUCGGUGCCGAAAAAGCAGGCCGGUUUUCCCACGUCCGGUUGGAUGCAGUUUUGGAUACUGCUCAAGCGCACCAUGAUCACGAUAAUGCGCGAUCAAACGCUCACGCAGAUGCGGCUACUGUCGCACGUGAUUGUCGGUGCGAUCAUUGGGAUGAUCUACUACGACAUCGGUAAUGAUGCGUCGAAGAUCAUGAGCAAUGCUGGAUGUAUCUUCUUCACCACGAUGUUUACCAUGUUCACCGCCAUGAUGCCGACGAUACUCACCUUUCCCACAGAAAUGGCCGUGUUUGUGCGUGAACAUCUCAAUUACUGGUAUUCGCUCAAGUCGUUCUACUUCGCCAAAACGAUCGCAGAUCUUCCAUUUCAAGUACUCUUCACGAGCGUGUACGUGAUCGUAGUGUACUACCUCACGUCCCAGCCAAUGGAUCCGAAGCGGGUGGGCAUGUUCGUGCUGAUCUGCAUCCUCACGUCGCUCGUGGCCCAAAGCCUCGGUCUGCUAAUCGGAGCCGGCAUGAGCGUCGAAACGGGUGUGUUUCUUGGCCCGGUCUCCACCAUUCCGAUCAUCCUGUUUUCGGGUUUCUUCGUCAACUUCGACGUCAUCCCGAGCUACCUGCAGUGGGUGACGUACGUCAGCUACGUGCGGUACGGGUUCGAGGGCGCCAUGGUGUCCGUGUACGGCAUGGAGCGGGAGAAGCUUGCCUGCACCGAGAUCUACUGCCACUUCCGCAGCCCGAAAAAGUUCCUCGAAGAGAUGUCGAUGGACAAUGCGGAGUACUGGAUCGAUGCGACCGCCCUGUUUGGUUUCUUCAUCGCGCUGCGCGUGAUCGCGUACUUUGUGCUGCGCUGGAAACUGCAUUCCAUCCGUUAAAAUGCUCCAAACAAACACGAACCCACUACGAUACCAAAGUCCCAAAUAGAGCGUACAACACACCUUGCAAAAUUGACGUGAGCCGCGUGUCAGCCACUUUGUUCGCUAGCUCGCCCGCUCGCUAGAUCCACAUGUUGCUUGCCCAUUUUGCUGUCUUUGCCCCGCCGAUCUAAUACAACCGAAGUAGCCAAAACUCAAGCGACACCACCAGGAAAAAAAACACGACACUCACUCACACACACACACACCUACACACAGCCUUUCGUGAGGGAUAAACCAAUCUGAUCACACGUUUUUGUACUUGUAUUUUGGAACAGGCUGUACACGUUCAGCACCACACUGGUACACUACUGCUACGCUUGACGUGUAACUCGACUGUGCGUGUCCUAAGCUGAUUUCUCAGUUACACUGUCCACUCUGGCAGAGCAAACUGUUUUCCUACUCUAGAUGUGUAUUUUAACAACAGCAACUAAGCUAUGCAACGUAAUGUAAUGACGUCGACCCCCCAACCCGACAAUACCCGGUGGUACCAACAAACAAAACGAUAGAAACGCCAUAUAGGAUUAAUGUCCAGCAGAUCAUAGAAACACACACCAGUCGGACACACACACACACUCACAUACACAAAUGUUCUUUCUUUUUCAUGCCGUGAAUGUGAACAUUUACGUGAACGUCGCAAUCACAUGUAUCGAUGUCCUUUAAAAGUAUUACAGUAGUAUUUAUACUGGCUCUAGUGUGCUGAAAACAAAAGCAUGCAAAAAAAACACGCAAGAGCUUUAUAAUAGCUCUCACAUAACAGCCACACAACAAAAGAA